AAGAGGAAAUGGUUUGAUUCCGGCAGCGUUGUUGUCGCUUUUAAAUUAGCAGCAGGAUGUUUAACAAGAAAACAAGGCGAAACUUUAGGCAGCGUAGAGACCAGUCCAGUGAGGAGGAGGAUAGUGAAAAAGUCAGUGAUGUUGUAAAGGAAGCGGACGCUCAGGUACACAGUUUAAAGCAGGUAAAUGUGCGCAGAGGGAUUUCAUGCAGCUCCAAACCCCCAGCUGCAGCACACAGAGGCACUGAGUGCAGUCCAGACCUCACACAGGAGCCUGAAACACCUCAAACUGCACACGACAACAAGACCAACAACAAUCAGACCCUUAGCUUCUUAGGUGAAAAAGAAGGAGCAGGUGAGAGUGAGUUCAAGUUGAAAAGGGCUGUGGAUAAAGCCGUGGUCUUCCAGUCUCGCAAAAAGGAAGAUUCGCCCAUCAAGGUGACACCUUCACACCAAGAUGUGGAAGACCUUGAGCUUAAAGAGCAAUCAAAUAGCAGUACAUCUGAGGACGUGUCUCCAGACAGCGAGGAUGAAAACGACUCUACAGCUUCCAGCUCUUCCAGCUCUACCGCCGCCUUCAAAUCACAGACCGUGAACAUCCCUAAUGCGGAGAAGAUCCGUGCAGCUAAGGAGCAGAGGAGGAAAGCAAGAGCGCAGAGAGACUACAUCUCUCUGGAUGCCGACGAGGAAAAUGAAGCUGAGGUUGGUGACAGAGAGCAGGAUGAGAGCGAUAGAGAACCCUGCAGUGAUGACGAGCUGGACGAUCAUGAACGCAGGAUCCAGUUUGCACCCAAAUCCAAAACAAUUAGAGAACGGAUGACUGAGAAAAUGGGUGGGAGCGAGAGUGAGGAGAGUUGCUCUGAUAGCCAGGAGGAGGACCAGCACCUCUGGGAGGAGCAGCAGAUUGGAAAAGGUGUUAAACGACAUCAGAAGCAAAGCAGAAAGUUCAAACCUCUCAGGCAGAAGAAAACGGUCGACAUCCCCGAGACUCUUUCACUGGUCAGCAUCGAUAUCAUAAAAAAGAGAAUCACCGGCAAGCUGGAAUCUCUGAAGGAGGUGCAAAGGGCUCAUGAAGCUGAGCUCAGGAGGAUGCAACAUGACAUAGAGAGUGCAAGGAGUUGUGCAGAGAACCUAGAGAAUCAUCUCGCUGACAGCCAGCUCCUCUUCUACCGCAGCAUGAACACCUUCACCCAGAACCUGGUAGAGUGCCUGUCUGAGAAGAUGCAGCUGAUCAACUCUGUGGAGCUGGACAUGCACAAUUUGUAUAUUGACCAAGCGGAGGCGCUGUUGUCUCAGAGAAGAAAAGCAGUGCAGGAACGUUCCAGACACCUUCAGCAGUUAACCUACAGCUCUGAUCCACACAGCAAUGGACAGGCACUGGGGAAAACCAGCACGGCUAAAGACAGUGAGCUGUUAGAGGACGAUUGCGGAAGCGUUCCAGAUGAUUUGGAACCAACAGCAGAGCAGGAGGAAGAACUGCAGACUAAAAGACAGGACAUACUGAAGGCAAGUCAGGAGAUUUUUAAUGAUGUUCAGGACGACUUCUCAGACGUGAAGAAAAUCCUCUCCAGGUUUAAUGAGUGGCGUGUGUCGUUUCCAGAGUCAUAUACCAACGCCUACAUCAGUUUGUGUCUUCCUAAACUCCUGGCCCCUUUAGUACGACACCAGCUCAUUGGCUGGAACCCUCUCAAGGCCGAGGGUGAAGAUUUUGAAGCGCUACCGUGGUACUCUGCUGUCGAGAAAUUCUGUCAUGGACAUGGCUACGAAGAAUCUGAGAACGCCGAUGAGAAAACAUUACCAGCUGUCGUAGAGAAGGCCAUUCUGCCGAAAAUCAGGGGUUUUGUGGAGCUUGUGUGGGACCCUUUGUCUCUGCAGCAGUCUCAGUGUCUCACAUCGCUUUGUAAGAGGAUACAGGAGGAUUACAGUGUGUUUGAUGGUGAACAGAGCAAGCCUGUGAAGGCUUUUCUGGAAGCUGUUAUCCAGAGACUCAGGGAUGCUGUGGAUAAUGAUGUGUUCAUCCCUUUUUAUCCAAAAAGUUAUUUGGAUGACAAAACUUCCCCACAGUUCCAGUUUCAGAAUGAGCAGUUUUGGAGCGCUGUUAAGUUGCUUAGAAGCAUGGCAUUAUGGGAUGGCUUGAUUGAUCAGGAAGUUCUGAAGGAGCUGAUGCUGGACAAACUUCUAAACCGUUACCUAUUGAUGACUCUCCUGAAUGAAUCAGACACGAAGUACAUUGUACAGAAAAGCAAGAAGGUGGCCGAGUGUUUUCCAGGGUCCUGGUUUGGGGCUCUUGGCACUGAAUCAUCUCUAUCACAACUGCAACACUUUAGCAAGCAUCUUCUCCAGACAGCAGAUUUAUUAUGUAAAGACAGAAAGGAUCCCAGUAGCUGCAGCAGAACUCUUCUAUGUGAUGUCAUGAAUCUUCUUGGGACCAUCAAGGCAUCUGAGAGCAUGAGGAUUAUAGCAGAUAAAUACAAUUGCCAUGAUUUGUUGGAAUCUAUAAAUAAGUCAUAGUUUUAUAUCAAUGCAACAAUAAAUCUAUUUUUAUAGCCACGUAUUGUGUCACCAAUAAAUAUGUGAAAUUCUUUUA